AGCCCUGGUGGCGGUCGAGGAGGAGCGGAACGAGAAGGAGGAGGAUAGACAGAUUCGGGGCGAAUCGUAGACCCGCUGAGACACAGAGAGGGAAAGGGAACGAAGAGAACAGGACUCCCUCGACGUCGACUGAGCCAUGGCCACUGAAACAGUCUCUCCGGCAUGUACGGGGUCCAGUUUGCUGCAGCCCAUCAGCGAAAUCAUAAAUCUGCCCCUGGAUCAGGUCAACUUUGUGGUGUGCCAGCUAUGUGCUCUGCUAACGGCGUUCUGGUUCCGUCUGUACCUCCACCCCAAGAGGAGCAGUCCCUUCAUCAGACAUGUGGUCGCCACCCUCCUGGGCCUCUACUUCGCCCUCUUCUGCUUCGGCUGGUAUGCGCUCCACUUCUUGGUUCAGAGUGGGCUGACGUAUGGCAUCAUGAUCCUGACCGGAGUAGAGCACAUGCACAAAUACUGCCUGGUGGUUGCCCUUGGUUACCUGAGCUUCUGUCAGAUUACACGGGUCUACGUGUUUGAUUAUGGGAUGUACUCUGCAGACUUCACAGGGCCCAUGAUGGUCAUCACGCAAAAGAUAACCAGUCUGGCGUUUGAAAUCCAUGACGGAAUGGCCCGUAAGGAGGAGCAUCUGACACCUGGGCAGAAAAUAUUGGCCAUAAGGAGAAUGCCCAGUUUACUGGAGUACUUCAGCUACAACUGUAACUUCAUGGGCAUCCUCGCUGGCCCAACCUGCUCCUACAACGACUACAUUGCCUUCAUCGAGGGCGGGACCUGUUGUCAUAGAGACUUUGAGACCAGUAGGAAGGCCUGUGGAAAAGUGAAAGGGAGCGAGCCUUCACCGAAUACGGUGGUGGUCCAGAAGAUAGCGACAUGCUUCUUCUCCCUCAUGGUCUUUCUGUUGGUGUGUAAAGUGUUCCCCGUCGAGCGCAACAUCGACGACGACUUCAUCGCCAACACGCCGUUCUACGCCCAGGUCGUGUACCUGUACCUGUCCAUGCUCACCACGCGGCCAAAGUACUACUUUGUGUGGACGCUGGCGGAUGCCAUCAACAACGCCGCAGGCUUUGGGUUCAACGGCUACAACCUGGACGGCUCCCCGCGCUGGGACCUCAUCUCCAACCUCCGGAUCCAGAACAUCGAGUUGGCAACCAGCUUCAAGGUAUUCCUGGACAACUGGAACAUCCAGACAGCACACUGGCUCAAACGGGUUUGUUAUGAGCGCUGUCCCUACAAUCCCACGGCGGCUACCUUCAUCCUGUCGGCCAUGUGGCACGGAGCCUACCCUGGAUAUUACCUCACCUUCCUCACCGGCAUCGUGGUCACGCUGGCCGCGCGGGCCGUGAGACACAACGUGCGGCCGUACUUCCAGUGCUCGCCCGCCCACAAGCUCCUCUAUGACGUCAUCACGUGGGCGUCCACCCAGAUCGCCAUCUGCUACACGGUGGUGCCGUUUGUACUGCUGUCCGUGGGCCCGUCCAUCAAGUUCUACAGAUCCUGGUGCUUCAGCCUCCACCUGGGCUGUGUGCUGCUGGCCGUCGCCCUGCCUGUCAAGCCCCGCCACCUGCGCCUCAAAGACCAGCACAAGACCCGGCCGCUCGUCCAGGACCAGGCCCAGGACCAGGCCCAGGACCAGGACCAGGGGCUCCAGAGCCAGCAGCCCCUAGUGGCCACCGACGGCAACUGCAACCAGAAGUCCAAGACCACAUGAACCGCUGGUGUCCGGACUGCGCUGGGCGGGCCCACCGCCCCUCAAAGAGAGAGAGAGACCCACGGGGGAGGGGGUGGGGGCGGUGGUGGUGGUGGCGGCGGGACCAGCAGUGUGACAACCCUCCCUCCUCCCCUGACCUCUGACCCUUUCACCUGACCCCCCCCCUCCCUCCACACACACCCCACCCCCAACCUCUCCUACCUACCCUCCCACCCAACCCACCCUACCAGCCCUUUCCCACUCUGCCCCCCCCCCCCCCCAGCCCUCUGCCUGUGGUGUUGAGUGGUGGGAUGUUCACCGACUGUAGCACGAUGGCACGGAACACACAGCCAACAGGGAGAGGAAGAGGAGGAAGGCGAAGAGGUUUGAUGUUCACCCCGUGUGUCACCGGGACUCCUUUAGAGGCGGAGGGCGUGGGGAGGAGGGGGGGGGAGGGUGGUUCGGUGUUUUUACCUUUUGCAGUGUUGCCCCCCAUCCCCCCCCCCCUUUGGAAAAUGGGAGGCGGGGGAGGGAGGAGGAAGAGGUGGAGCAGGAGGCGGGAAAUUAUCUCUGAGAUGCCAUUUUUUUCGACCACGUGACUUUAUACAAACACUCCCAUUGGACAGUUUUGGGGCGGUUGACUGUGUUUUGUGUCAUGGGAUCGUGAUGGAGCGGUGGGAGGCGGAGCCAGCGGCCGGCCUUCCCGCCGCGGACGUGAGGCGAGGAACUCAACGCGGAUUCAGUGUGUGUGUUUGUUUCGGCUCGGCGUGAGGAGGGACCCACUAGGGAAGGGAACGGAUUUGAAAUAACAGAGUAAAUUAUUUUUAUUUUUUAUCUAAUUGUUGUCGUCGAGCAGAUCGGUUGAAUGGAAAAAUGGAAUCAAAUGAAUUGGUGGUUUAAUUUAAAAGGAAAAAUGUAUAUUUAAAAGAGGGAUUGCGAGUGAGUGAGACGAUGGUGAGGUUAUGGAGAAGCGAUGAAUGAAUGAACGAACAGGGCAAUGAACCAGCAGAAGUGUGUGCGAAUGAAUAAGUAAAGGGAUGCGUGUCCGUGUUUUCCAGCCGGUGAUGUCACAGCUCUCGUUGAUAUGAUUUGUCGUCAACAGGACCCUCCCACUGCACACUUCCUGCUUUCAGUGUGACAUCACACAGGGUGCGAGCCUGUGAUGUCACAGCAUUGCUCCAGCGUCACAUGAUCAGUAUUUCUCCAAUGGCCAUCAAGUGUUUCUGUCAUACAAGCGGGUAUGAGGUCACAAAGUCACACCUUAAAGAAUGAUCCGGAAAUUCGAGCGGUUUCGGGAAAAGUGCCAAUAAUUAUUUACACUCGGACGCCUUAGCUGUUGUCAGUUUUUUUUCUUUUCUUUUCUUUCAGUGAAGAAAGUAAAAAAGAAAUGCAGGCCACUUUAUACUACAUGACUUAAUUCUUCUUUGGUGUGCGUUGGAAAAGGAAAUGUGGAGUAUUACGGAGAGGAGCUUCUUUGCGUUUCCAUCGAUUUUAGAUGUCAACUUUUGUCUAUUUCUGUGCUUGUUAUGUGUAUUAUACCAACAGAGUUUUACUGUAGUUUCAUGGAUGACAAUUUAAAACCGAUCCCUGGUUGUGGAGGAAUGGGGGAGGGCGGGGGUGUAGGUAGCUGUUCCGGGUUACCACGGUAACCCGUUUGCCUGUGCGCCUCAUCUGAGAGAAAUGGAAGACGGUUCGCGACACCAGGCGAUACCAUUGCGUUUACCUUACACAGGAGAUGUGGAUGACACCAUUUUGUAAAUUCUGUGAUUAAAAAAAAUAUGGAUUUUUUUUUUAAACCAA